GUCAAAGCAAACUUACUAUCACAAGAAUCAUACAUCGCUCUAAACAUGUCCAAGCCAGUACAAGUACAACAACAGGUCGACGAGGUCGUCGGCAUCAUGCAGGACAAUAUUCACAAGGUUAUGCAGCGCGGAGAACAGCUCGAUACUCUUCAAAACAAAACAGAGGAUCUCCAAAAUUCGUCAUUACAAUUUAAACGUGGUGCAAACCGUGUACGUAAAGAAAUGUGGUGGAAGGAUAUGAAACUCAAGUUGAUUAUUGGUGGUGUCGUUGCUAUUGUUCUGGUUAUUAUUAUUGUUGCUGCUGUUAAGGGAUCUGGAAAGUAAAUCUAUUUGCAAAACACCUUAAAUAUUCGCUUACAGCUCUAGAGAACAUUUAUGCCCGUCUUUUUUAAAUUAACGGAUGCUUUCAA